GGUUACCAUGUAAUAUCUGAGAAUAGCAUAUUUAUUCUCAACUACAUUGGUUUGCUCAACGCAAUCUUGUGAGUAUUGUUUACUAUUGUUUGAGUUCAAACUAGCGAAGCAGAGACACAUAUCUACGGUACAUCGAACACGAAGCCAUAGCAAUAGCCAAGUUAUCCAUUCUUAGUUUUAUUUGAAAUUAUUUCCUUCAUGACCCUCCAACGGGGUCAGACCUAACGCCGAGCUGAAUUCUCAACCUCCAAUUUCUUAUAAUAUCUAUGAGGCUUUGAGACUACAGUUCUCUUAUAAAUUCUCCCUCCCUCUUCAUUAACUGUCUUCGUUGGAUAGCCACAGAUCAAUAGUCACACAGCAUUUGUUUAUCACCUUUGUUAUACUCCAAAAUGGCAUGGAUGAAGGGACUACUUACUAGAGCGGCUUCGUUGCAUGCUUCGUUAUCUCAAUAUUCUACUAAUGGGCUAUCUACAUAUGGGUGUUUAAACGCCUCCACACUUCCUCCAUUUCUAGACGAUGGUGGUUCAUAUUACGGACACCCUUGGGGAAAUGCCAAGCCAGGACCACACCUCCCACCCAACACUGGAAAGACCCGGUACUAUGAUCUCACAGUAUCCAGAUCUACCAAAGCACCAGAUGGAUAUCAGAAGAGUGUUAUUCUCAUAAAUGAUCAAUUUCCCGGACCGCUUAUCGAAGCAAAUUGGGGAGACACGAUAAGCGUCAGAGUCACUAAUAACAUUACUGAUAAUGGAGACGAAGGGCUGAGUCUUCAUUGGCAUGGUCAACCGCAGAAGCUGAGUCCUUGGGCGGAUGGUGUACCCUCCGUUUCUCAAUGCCCAAUUGCCCCUGGAAGUAGUUUCACAUAUGAGUUUCGAGCGGAGUCUUUUGGAUCCAGCUGGUAUCAUUCCCAUUUCAGUGCUCAGUACAAUGAUGGCCUUUAUGGGCCAUUGGUUAUUUAUGGCCCCAAUCAUGUAGAUUAUGAUAUCGAUCUUGGUCCCGUCAUGCUGUCUGACUAUCUUCAUCAAUCAUAUCGGAGCAUGAUUGAAGGAAUUGCAACAAAAGUUCCGAAUGGUCCUUUAUUCCCACAUGUUGACAAUAAUCUAAUCAACGGGAAAGGGUCCUUAAAUUGCAACUCUACUUUGGGUGGAACUUGUACACCGGACGCGGGGCUCUCCAAAUUUAAGUUUACCAAAGGAAAGACGCACCGCCUCCGACUCAUCAACACCGGCAGCGCAGGCACCCAAAAAUUCUCAAUUGAUGGACACCAACUUCAGGUUACAACAGUCGAUUAUGUUCCAAUCGUUCCUUAUACGACCAAUGUAGUAACUCUUGCAAUUGGGCAAAGAGCAGAUGUUAUAGUUCAAGCAACAGGUGAAUCAACUGAUGCUGUCUGGAUGCGAUCUGACUUAGAUGUUCCAUGUAUGCUCCUAACUUGCACGAACCCUCAUGGUUUAGCAGCAAUUUAUUAUGAAAACGCAAAUACAACACUUGCGCCGACAACAACAGGUGUGUCAUGGGACAGUAAUGAUUGUGCCAAUGAUCCGUUAUAUUUAACGAUUCCCUACACUGAAAUAAGCCCACCCGAGAGCCCGUCCAUUACGCAGGACAUGGAAAUUAAUGUUAGCGUGAACGGAUCUGGCAGUGCCCUUUUCACUGUGAAUAAUUCGACCUUCCGGGCUGACUACAACUCUCCUCUCCUCCUCCUUGCCAGCCAAGGAACUCCCGUCUCAACUCUUCCUCAUGAUUGGAAUAUCUACAACUUUUCCAGUAACCCUUCCAUCCGCAUACACGUUACGAAUAUCUGGGAUACCCCUCAUCCUAUGCAUCUACACGGGCACGAUUUCUUCGUCCUAGCCGAAGGAAGAGGAACUUGGGACGGUACCAUCACAAACCCAUCUAAUCCCGUUCGUCGCGACACAGCACUUAUGAGACCCGGCACGCCAUCCGAUCCCAGUUUCCUAAUAAUAGAAUUCUUUGCGGAUAACCCUGGAGUUUGGCCUUUCCAUUGUCAUACAAGCUCGCAUGUGAGUGCAGGACUUUUGGUUAAUAUUUUCGAGAGACCGGAUUUAGUGGCCGAGGGUAGAGAUCAGAGAGGUAUGAUUCCACAGGUGGUUAGAGAAACUUGCGAUGCUUGGAAUGCGUACACUGGUGCUGGAGGUGAAGUAGACGAGAUCGAUUCGGGAUUGCGUCGUCGAAGACAUUAAGACGGUAGAUAAUGGGAGCUUGCAUUUUUCUUUUCCAAUAAUGGCGUGCCACCAAAUGUGGUUUAUUUUGUUUUUCUUCGAUUCUUAAAUGAGGGCGCUUUCAUGAAAUAGUCUUACCGGUUGCAAUUCAGGAGUAUAAUGGGUAAAGAUAGCUCAUUUGAAUUUUUUUUUUGUAUCGUAAUUAGAAACAUGGCAUAUGGGAAGACCACCACUUACUGUCACUAAAAUGUCAAUAUUGUCUCAGCUUGGUGGAUGAAAUUAGUACGUGUUGUGAAAUCCUAGAACUGCAGAUAUAAUGCGUUCAAUAAUCUUGAUCGUGGACCAACAAGAGAAUUCUGAAUACUUAUUUAUUUUGGACA